CACAUUAGUAGUAAAUGCCAAAUAUAAAGUAAUUUGUUAAAAAAAAAAAUUAGAUAAAAAAUAAUGUUAAUAGAAUUGAAUCUUCAAAAUUUAACGCAAAUCUUCUGGACCAUCAUCUUUGUGUUAAAUUUGUAUGUAGUAUUGUUGUUGUAUCGCAUGUCAAAAAUAUACCGUACCGAGAGGAAAAUUAAAUUACUUGAGGUCGCCAACAUCAAAGAGCACAUCGAAUUUAUGCGUUGCCGUCCGGAAAAGUCCACAUCGUCCGCCUUUUCAGCAACGGGCAAUUUCACCACCCGCAGCCGCUUUUUCGAACAAUUUUUAGACUCGGAACCGGCGCAGCUGCGCUCAUGCAUGCCAAUACGUUCCAACUUCCGUUCGAACUCCUCAACCACGGCAGUCGACGAAGACCCCGAUGAACAGCACGAACAACGUCUCAGAACACAAAAGCAACAUCAAAGCCAACGUACGAAACAAUUGCAAAUGGAGUUGCAACAAAAUUAUAAUAAAGCGCAAAAACAACGCCAUCAGCAGGAACAACUGAAGACACAGCAAAAGCCACAUCAAACGCGUUACCGCUGUGAGGGCAGUAUAAUGAGACAACAAGCCAUACCGCUAAGGGAUCCCAAAGUAUUUGAGAAAGCAAACACUGAAGACGCUUCUUACAACUCCAAAGUGGACGAUGAACAUACGCUCUAUAUAUCGGACAGUUUUGGACGUGUGGUGCAUGAGAUCCCAUUUCGGGAAUGUGAUUAUAUGGAUGCACUGCAAGUGGUGUUGGGUGAUCAGCGUUGGAAGAUCAAAAAAGCAUGGAAUGAACGCUCCAAUUGAGCACUGUUUUCUAUCCGAAAUAAAUUCUGCGUCGUAUAUGUAUGUUCUUUCCUAUAAGCUUCUCGUUCGGUAUCUUAAAUUAUGUCCUGUUUUGUGUGUU